AAGGAAUCCAUGCACCUAAGCUCUUAUGGCAAUCUAUGAAAAUAGAGAACAUAAGAAGGUUGUUCAGCAUUUUAUUACAAUGGUCAUGUAUGUAAUAAGGUAAUCGUCUCUCUAGCUUAGUAAGCAGCAUUUCAAUCUUAGGUAAACGUCUGCUUUUAAAUUUAUCGAGGCGGCGUAAGCUUGAUAAUCUUUUCGGACUAUAAGGUAAGAAGUGAGUUUAACACCAACUAAUUAUUAUUAAUGAGUACAUUUCAUUGUCACUUUCUCCGAUUCGGUAGAAACAGAGUAGUAAAUUCAUUUCAGCUGAUUCAUAGUUUAGCCACCCUUGUUGAUAUUCCUGAUUAUGCCAAGAAACUAGCGACCCGAAUAUCAAACUGCAAUAAUCUAGAGCAGCUCGACCAAAUUUAUGCCCACAUAAUCCGAAAUCACUUCUUGGAGUUGUACCCUGCACAAUUUCACUGGAACAACAUUAUCAGAUCAUAUACUAGGCUUCACUCCCCCAGCAAGGCUCUACAUGUCUACAUCACUAUGUCUAGAGCUGGUGUUCCUCCUGAUACUUUCACCCUACCCAUUGUUUUAAAAGCUAUUGUUCUGAAUUAUGUUGUUAUGGCACGGCAGCUCCAUGGGGUUGCAGUAAAGCACGCUUUAGACACUAAUAUGUAUUGUGAGAGUGGCUUCAUUAGUCUGUAUUCAAAGGGUGGUGACUUUGAGAAUGCUCGUAAGGUGUUUGAACAAAAUACUGAAAGAAAGUUGGGGUCUUGGAAUGCUAUUAUAGCAGGGUUGUCACAAGGUGGGCGUGCUAAAGAAGCGAUACAAAUGUUCUUGGAGUUGAGAGAGAGUGGGUUACAGCCUGAUGAUGUAACCAUGGUUAGUGUGACAUCCGCGUGUGGUGCUCUUGGAGACUUGGAUUUGGCUUCUCAAUUGCAUAAAUGCGUUUUUCAAGCAAAAGCAAUGGAAAAGUCUGAUCUUUUGAUGAUGAAUUCUCUUAUUGAUAUGUACGGUAAAUGUGGGAAGAUGGAUCUUGCUUAUAGGGUGUUAUCAAGUAUGAAAGAAAGAAAUGUAUCCUCGUGGACUUCUAUGAUUGUUGGUUAUGCGAUGCAUGGGUAUGUUAGAGAUGCGCUUGAAUGCUUCCGUUGCAUGAGGGAGGCAGGUGUUAGGCCUAACCAUGUGACAUUUGUCGGGGUGUUGAGCGCUUGUGUACAUGGUGGAAUGGUGCAAGAAGGAAAGUUUUAUUUCAGCAUGAUGAAAAAUGAAUAUGGUAUUGCACCCAUGUUGCAGCAUUAUGGGUGCGUGGUGGAUUUGCUUGGCAGGGCUGGGUUGCUCGAGGAGGCAAGAGGGACGAUUGAAGGGAUGCCAAUGAAAGCAAAUGUUGUGAUUUGGGGGUGCCUGAUGGGGGCUUGUGAGAUGCAUGGGCAUGUGAAAAUGGGAGAAUGGGUGGCUAAGCACCUGCAACAGUUAGAACCAUGGAACGACGGGGUGUAUGUGGUAUUGUCCAACAUUUAUGCCAGUAAUGGCAUGUGGGAAGAGGUAAGGAGGAUGAGAGCAAUUAUGAAGGAGAAAAAACUUGCCAAGAUUCCUGCUUAUAGCUUGUCAACAAGUUCCGAUUGAGAGUUGAAGGUGGACCUGCCAAAGAUAAAGGAUCAGAAGCAUUGCUCUCUCUUAUAGGAGUGCACAAGAUGGUUGCCAUAUGCUGCACCUCACAGAAGUGGUUCUUAUAGGAGCAAUAUAUAUCGCAGAUUUUUUCUUAAGAUGUUACUUUCUUAUUUACUAAGGUUUUGUAUCCCAAUAAGUAACAUGUAAAUGAAAUGAAUUUAGUGGAUUAAACAGGGGACUUUUUCUUCCCA